UAAUUGUGUUUGUUUUGCUUUGGUUUGGAGUUAGGGGUUUCUUGUGGUGAGAUAGAAAGUAGAAACUCUGAUUCCGUUAUUUGGAACCAUUUGAUUUCAAUUUUGUUGAAUACCCUAAAAAAUUUCCACCUUAAAUUUUGAAACUUUGAACAAAAAUGGCGAAUGGGAAGACGGGAAUUGCCAAUUGGUUCCACAAGAAAAUCACUGAUCCUCUUCUCGCCAUUCUCCAAAGAGGAGCUGAGCCAAAGCAGUUGGCUUUCUCUGCUGCUCUCGGCAUUACAUUCGGAGUAUUUCCUAUAUGCGGUGUCACUGUAUUUCUCUGCGGCGUGGCUAUCGCAUUGCUUGGAUCACGUUGUCAUGCUCCAACUUUGAUGCUCGCAAACUUUAUGGCUACUCCAAUAGAGUUGAGUCUGAUUGUACCCUUUCUACGUCUCGGUGAAUUUAUUUCUGGUGGACCUCAAUUCCCUUUGACAUCUGAUGCUUUAAAGAAAGUUCUUACUGGUCAAGCUUCACAUGAGGUCAUAUUAAGUGUUGUCCAUGCGUUAUUUGGAUGGCUUGUUGCAUCACCUUUUAUUCUAGGAACACUAUACAUAAUUUUCUUACCAUGCUUCAGAAUUCUCCUUCAGAAAUUCUCAAAUGUAUCUUCAAGUCCAAAGAAGCCUCUUCAUCCUCACUCAGAAGUAAGCUUGAAGAGGAUGGAUUCUUCAAAUUCUUCUGAUAAAGCAGGUUCAUAGAAAAGGAUCGAAUGUCGAAUUCCCUUGCAAAUACAUCACACAUUAAUUGAUCUCGACUAUUAACGUGUCAUAUUCACGAUCGAGGUUAAUUGAUGUGUCAUGUAAUGUGGAUUGAAUCCAUGUUGUAAGUAUAAACAUUUACAUACUUUAAUUCGUCUUUAUCAUUGAUCUAAAAUACAAUGGUUCAUAGUAUUUCAUCGA